AGUCGGAUAGUAUUUAAUUCACCCACCGAAGCUAUUGUAUUUGUAAUUUACCUGUGUCGCGGAGGAAAGAAAGCGUCAGUCAACCAACAAACCAACGGUAUUAGGAUAUUUUUUCCGGAGCCUAGUAUUUUCGUUUGCGGAAAAUGAAGUGCUGGAACUUGUUAAUAGGCAUUCUGGGAUUUAUCGCUGGCUUGGAUACCUGCUGUGCCCUGCAUUGUUACCAAUGCAACGGCAGCGACUCGACCAGGCCCUUCCAGUGCAACGAAUGGCUUUCCUCGGAUAUCGAUAUUCAACCGGAACCGUGCGAUAUCGUUUACGGGGCUAAAUAUUGCAUCAAACAUACAGGGCGGUUCGAAGGCGGGUCUAUCCAGUGCUACCAAUGUGCAGCGUCGAAAACCAUGGACUGUUCCGAUCUGAUGGUGCAUAUGGGCGGUAUCGAACCCCAGAGUUGCGAUCAUGUCUUUGAGGCCCAGUACUGUAUCAAAACUACAAGCCUUGACGGAGGUAUAGGGGCGAAAAGGUUUUGUUCGUCAUUGGAUCUCGGCAACUAUUGCAACUAUGUGCAAGGCCCGGGUGACAAGCUGAUGUACCGCACAUGCGUCUUCACCUGCACAGGAGACGGUUGCAAUCGUGGCGUUUCAUUCCGUAAUGUAAAUAUUUACAUUCUGUUGUCGGUAAUAACGUUUACCGUAGCGUUAGUGACUGGGUUUUUUACGUGAUUUGAGGUGGAACUUGAUUUUUCCGUACUGUAUUUGUUUUAAACAACACCUGUUAAGAAUCUCUAAGCCAAUGCGUUCAGAUAAUAACAAAAUACUGUCGCAUUCUUAUAGGAUUUAGUACAGUUCCCGUCCAUUAUUAGAUAUAAAUUAUUGUAAAUAUUUUACAUUGAGAGUGCUACUUUACUAGCAAGGCAAUUAUUUCAAAGACGUAAUAACACUUUAAUAAUUAUUUUUUACAAGUUAGUGUUUUUUUCUCGUCAUUUGUAAUUGGUAUAUCCCCGUAUUUUUGUUUCAGUUUCAGGACUAAGUGGUAACACAUUCUUUUUGGCAAAACGCUAUUAAUUCCGUCAGUUUCCUAAGUUUUAAUGCUCGUAAAAUUGAAUUAUUUGGUAUCAUUUUUUUUUAAAUUGAAGUUGUCAUAGAUGUGACGAUUUUUUUUUAGUUUGGCUCCUGAUUAUUUCGGGUAAAGCGAAUAGAAAACGAUCCCACUGUCAGAACAAUAUUCGGCUUUAUAAAAAGAUCUCAGAAUUCAAAGCAACCAAACUAUUAGUCCGUGGUUUAGAACUUACCACUAAUUCUUAACUGUGUGUUUGUUCAAAUUACGUUUCCAUUGUCCAUGGCUUACUUCAGUGCUUGUGUAAGCUUAACACUUAACUUUUGUUGGUUUGAAAGUCGCAAAAAAAACGUGGGUUUUUUUGUCCAAAUAAGCUUCGUUGCAAUCUUCAAAAUGUAUUUCCCAAUAGUGCCAUCUCUAAACUUAAACAACGUGCGCCAUCUAUCAGUGAGGCGAAAAAUUGCAUAGUACAGUUUUAAAUAGUGCUGAGUUUUUGCAACUUGCCUUUGUAACUGGUUUACAGGCAGUUGCGUUGAAACAUUCAGAAAAUUUCUUCCUCUGGCAGAGGUAAUAUGUAUUGUAUAUAGUGGUCUGAUUUUGUAUAUUAAAAUUCCCUAAACGUUGCUCUGAUAGAGGUAGGCACAUAGGAAUUGUUAAUUUUACUAAUCGACUGUAAACUCAAAGCUGCACAAUUGAAAUUAGUCAAUGUGAUAUAAAGUGUAAUAAAAUAUUUUUAUUCAUAUAUUGGUGAGUUUUAAACUCGGCGUUAAAUGAUUUCAGUGCAGGUGUAGAAAUGGUGCAAAACUUAACACUU